UCGCCUGGCACGUUCAUGCGGUUUUGCUCCAACAUAUCUGAUUCCUCGAAAGCUCCACUAUGAAAUACUCGACCGCCGUCAUCGUGGCCUGUGCCGUGCUGACAGUAUGUGCAGUGUCACCACCACGACUGUUCCUAAGACCAGCGUGGUCUCCACCUCCAAUCAACGUCACUCUCUUCUACGAAGGCCUCUGUCCCGCUUGCCAUCGCUUCAUUCUGCAUCAACUCUGGCCCACCUAUGGCAAGCUGGAAGACUACGUCACCCUCGACCUGCUUCCAUUCGGCAACGCCCACAUGAAGGUCGACAACGGCACGGUUACCUUCACUUGCCAGCACGGCAAGGAAGAAUGCUACGUGAACGAAGUCCAGACUUGCGCUGUCAAGUACGUGCACCCGACCAGGAAGCUUCUGGGCCUCGUCGCCUGCAUGUUUCAAAGCACAGAUCCCACCAAGGCGGGUGAGCCUUGCGCGCGGAAAGUGGACACGGACUGGCCCGUGCUGGACAAGUGCAGCCGAGGACCGGAGGGCACUGAGCUACUGUGGGCGAUGGGAAAUCGAACCCGCGGACAUCAGCCGACCAUCGACUACGUUCCGUGGAUCGAGAUCAACGGCGUGCACAACGAAACGAUGGCCAAGAGAGCCAGCAAGGACCUGUUCGGCCUGCUCUGCGAACUUCUCGGUCCGCAUAAGCCGUAUGCAUGUGAGAACGCUGAAAUCAUGGAAUUGUACUGCUUCGCCUAAA